UCGGUUGGCACAGCUCGGUAGUAUCAUCGUCAGUAGACGAUGACCGCUCGCUGCUAGCGGAUCGUUCUUAUUCGGCAAACGUGUUUUACCUGAAACGUUGAUUACUAUUAAACAAACGAACAAACAAACAUGUGUCGUUUGUAUUUAAUAAAUACAUUUUUAUUAGUCUGGCUGUUUGCAUCAUUACCCAAUUUGAGUAUACAAUUGCAUUCGUUCUCUGGUGCAUGGGUUAUACCGACCGAAGGUGAAAUUUGGCCGAUGCCGAAUCAGAGAAUCGUUCGAAAGGAAUUUUAUCUUUUAAGACCGUCGACCUUUCAAAUUCGAACAGAAACUGAAAAUUGCGAUAUAAUCAACGAGGCUAUCGAAAGGUACAAGGGUAUAAUUCUAACCGAUGCAAGAAUAGGUAGAAUCGUUAGCGAAGGACAUCCCAGAACAUCUGCACGAAACGAUGCAUUCUUCAAGGGUACAUUAACGAGCUUGGAGAUUCAAUUAAAGAAUCCUUGCCAACAUAACGGCGAAUAUUGGCCACAUUUGUUCAUGAACGAGAGUUACAUACUUGAAAUAAACGAAAUAUCAACCAAUGCUAGUCUCUCAGCUGACUCCGUUUGGGGAAUACUUCGAGGUCUUGAAACUUUUUCACAAAUCCUCGUACCAUCUGGAGACGGUCCUAUCUUGAAGUUACAAUGUCAGACGAUCGUGGAUACACCGAAAUUACGACACAGAGGUAUUCUUUUGGAUACGUCUCGUCAUUAUCUACCAGUAUCCGACAUACUUCUUACAUUGGAUGCAAUGUCCUACAACAAGCUAAACGUUUUACAUUGGCACAUAGUAGACGACAAUAGUUUCCCUUACCAAAGCUUUAAGUAUCCAAAUUUAUCAGCUAAAGGUGCUUAUCAUUCUACCAUGGUUUACACGCCCAAUGAUGUACAAAGAAUCAUUACUUAUGCGAGAUUACGUGGGAUUCGUAUUAUAUCAGAGUUUGAUACACCUGGACACGUAGCAGCUUGGGGUUUAAGUUAUCCGGAACUUCUCACGAAGUGUUAUGACUCUACUGGUAAUCCGAAUGGUAAACUUGGACCGAUCAAUCCAACAAAACCAGAGGUUUACGAAUUCAUGAGAAAUCUAUUUUCCGAGAUAGUUGAGAUAUUUCCAGAUAAUUACGUUCAUCUCGGUGGCGACGAAGUACCUUUCGAUUGUUGGGGUAGCAAUCCCCAGAUAAAAUCAUAUAUGCAAGCUCACAAUAUGUCGAAGAAUUACGCGUUAUUAGAAGGAAAGUACAUUACCAAGUUAUUAGAGAUCACUAGCACCUUGGGUGCCAAUUCGAUCGUAUGGCAAGAGGUUUUCGAUAACGGCGUAAAUCUUCCCAAUACCACGGUAGUACACGUGUGGACCGGACGCUGGCAGAACGAGUUAGAAAGGGCAACAAAAGCCGGACAUCCGGUUUUGUUAUCGGCUUGUUGGUAUCUCGAUCACAUAAGCAAUGGAGGCGAUUGGAAAAAGUAUUACACGUGCGAUCCUUUAGGAUUUCCGGCACCACCCGAAGUCAACUUGAGGGAUUUCAUGUUGGGAGGUGAAGCUUGUAUGUGGGGCGAGUUUGUGGACAGGAAUAACAUUCAUCCAAGAAUUUGGCCACGGGCUAGUGCCGCAGCCGAACGUUUGUGGAGCGAACAAGCGGAAAGUUUGACCGAAGCAUCAAGACGCCUCGAAGAACACGCCUGUCGUAUGAACAGACGGGGUAUACCAGCCCAGCCACCGAACGGACCAGGAUUUUGUGUACUUACGACCUUGUCCACCCUGUCCACCUUGCUGCCCUAUGCCUUGUCCUCCAAAAGUGGUGGUGACAUGUCCUCCUCCCUGCUCACCUUGUCCACCGCCUCCUCCAACUUGCGUUUACGUUUGUACGCCAAAAUGCAUACCUUGUAUGCCGUGUCCACCUCCUACACCCCCGGUUUGCUCACCUUGCAGACCGCUUUGUCGUUAGUAUCGUGUAUUAAGUUUGAACAUUACGAACGCUACGAUAUAUUACUCUUUGUGAUACUUUUUUGUUUUGAUUUUUUUCAGUGCCUUGUCCACCUUGCUGAGAAUUCAGUCGAUUUAGACCAAAAUAAUUUUUAUAUCAAAUUGACAAGGUACGAAUCUCUUUCUAUCAUGAACAAAAGGAAAGUUUCCACAGAGAGGAAUACUGCUGCCAAAGAUUCUACUCGACGACCUAGCAUAUCUAGUAUUCAAACACGAGUCACAAAUAUUCCUCAAAGGAGACGUUCUCGAUCAGGAAAAUCACCUUUGCCAGAGGCAAACUUAAUUCAAGCCACAAUGACAAAAUUAUCAAAAACAAUGCUUGCAACUGGAGACAACAAGGUUGCUCCCCCAAAAACAAUAUUCAAUUCUCAAGAUAAAUCCAAAGAAUUACAAUCGAGUUCGUCACCACGAUUGAAAAGCUUUCCAGCUGAAAAAAUUCGCAAAUAUGACAAUUCAGCAUUGUUUAAUAAUAAAUUGAUAAGGGGUAUGGUCAAUCAACAAAAUUCUGAACGUUCGGCUACAUUAUACAUGCCAGAUUCUACAGGUCAUAAUUACGAGUACGGUGAUCAAAUUAAUGGGAUACAUAAUGGACAUCAAAAUCAGUCACAGUCACAGACGUCGGAAAAUAUGUGCCAACAACAAAUUUCCAUGAACUAUUCGAUGCAUCAGCCAAUUCCACAAUCAAACGGAGCUUUAACUUAUCGGGUACAUGGUCCAGAUAAACAUCGGCCAAACGUACCGCAUGGACAUCAAUCGCACGUAACUGCUGUGGGUACACCUAACUCGUUGGCUUAUGUUCACAAUGGUCAAACACCUGUAGCUCGAUCUUCUACACCGGCGACACAAUUACAUCCUCAACAGUCACAAAGAAUAUCUAAUGAAAUUACGAAUAUACAGAAAGAAAACAAUUGGGUAAAUGAUGAACUUCCUCAAAUUGUUGAUCUAGAGAAACAACCUGUUGGUGGAAGAAAUUUAAUGUUACAUAGACAAGCAAUCGAUCGUCCUAUGUCUGUACCACCUUUUUACAAUAUUCAAUCCUCUCAAGCAAAUUCUUCGCCUGUUUUAACGCAUGAACAUCCUCAGCAAAUUUAUCAACAACUUCAAAACAAUAUAGCUCAUCAGCAACAAAUGCAACAACGGGCGUUUAAUCAGCAAUUCCAAAUGAUGUCAGGACAUCAAACACAACAUUCAGCACAUGCUAAUCAAGAUUAUUAUAAUUAUUUUCCUCAACAGUUGUCGGAAAGAACAUCGUUCCCUUAUGGAAUGACUUCGCCUCAAGAUGCAAACGUAAAUCAAACGAAAAGUGCUCUAAAUCCUAUGGUGUCGAUGCAACAACGACAACAAUUAAGUAGUCAGCAUAAUGAAGCAGUACCGAAUAGUAAAAUGUUAAUUGAUAAUCCAAAUAUAAAAUCUCAAAUCAAGCCAUACACCAUCAACCUAGUUGACAAUACCAAAUCGCAAAACGUUACAUAUGGUCAUCAUUAUGGUCAAAAUCAUGGUCAAGUAUCCCAAAUGUAUCGACCAACGAUUCAAGGACAACAAUUUUUAAAUCAUUUCCAACAGAAUAUGAUGCCUCCAAAUCAUGUUCCUCAGCAAGUAAUCACAACUGAAAUACCUACAAAUCUUGAAAGAAACAGUUUGAAAUUUACACCGAAAAUGAUUCGAGAUCAAGAGCUCUUGAUAACAACUAUGAAACAACAAGGUAUAUCCGAAGAAUUAAUGCGAAGGCAGUUCGAUAAUUUACUAAAGGAACAACGCAGACAACUUGAAUAUCUUCAACAAUUUAAUCAAGAGGAUGAUUAUCCUGAUAAAAAAAAGCAAGAGAUACGUAAAAAGAUACAGAUAGACGAGAAACCUGAAUGGAUGGCUCAUAUAACGCCACCACAUAUUCCUUACAGUGAUUUAGAAAAAUUAAACGCCAAAAUUCGAGAACAAAACUUAAUUUCAUCUCAACAGCAAUUUAACGAGAAUCAACCAGUGGAUUUCAAUAAACUGCAAGAAAAUGGGAAUAAUCCAUCCAAAAUGGUGCCAUCGUUAUCACAGAUUUAUGAUCAGUCUCAACAAAAUGCGUAUCAACUCUGGCAACAACAAACGGGAGUUCCAACAGGAACAGUAAUACCACAAUAUACAUACGGAUCAUCCGAGCCUUAUCGUCAUGUAAAACCAAUUCAACAACAUUUCAAUAAUAAUCCGAUGCGAUCGCAAUAUCCUAUUUAUUGGCAACAAUCGCAGCAAAUUCAACAACCAUAUCAACAACCAUAUCAACAACAGUAUCACCAAGUACCAGAACAAGUUUCAUGUCAACCUGAUCAGCCACGAAACGAAGAAGAUUCCCGUCUUUUCAAGAAAGCCUUUAGUCUGAACGAUUUGAAUAUGAGAAAUGUCGAACCAUCGAGUUUAUUGAAACUAAGAUUAUACAAAGAUGUGAUCCGCCCUCAGAAACGUAAUAACGGCUUGCAAAAUCCAGAUACGAUCCAGAAAGCUUUGGAGAUCUUAAAUAAUCCAGAAAGUCAGAAAGGUCUUGAAUAUCUCGCAAAUCUUAACAGAAAGAAUCUACAAACUAAACUGAAUGGUAUGCAAGAUCCGAAUGAAACGACACCAAAUUUAAUAUCAAAACCACCCUUCAAUAAUUCUAAUUCGAUGUCGCAAAGAGCUAUCUCAGCAAAUGGUCUAGAAAAUAAAAGAAACCCUAAUAAUCCACUUCCCCAACCGUUAACAUAUUUAAAAAGAUCUGAAAUUGGAACGACUGGGAAUGAAUACCCAAAACAAAAACAGUAUAAUCCACGAAAUCGUUAUAGUUUGAUGGCUGAAAGAGAAGACGGGACAGUAGCUCCAACCGUACAAUGUCAGUUGCCUUAUUCAGAUCAACAGUUAAAUCACCAACAACAACAAAAUUAUCAGAAAUUAAUUCCUUAUAAUGAAAAAAAUCCAUUAUCGGUAUUGAACAAGCAAAUGUCUUACAAAUUUGAUGGUUCCGGUAAUCCAGAUUAUUUUCAGCAGUUACAACAAUUCUAUCAGAAUAAACAAAAUGUGAUUAGUAACAACGGACAGGGAGAUGUACUUAACCUACAUAAACCAAAUACAGCCAAUAUAGCAUACUUCGAUUGUCCUGGUGGCGACACAGCAGAUUUAUCAUAUUCCAGAGAGAACGGACAGAUACAGAAUAAGAUGGCACCAUUUGGCCCAUCUCAAAGAUUGAACGGAACCUACAAUUCGCCAGAUAUUCGAGAAGCCAAAACUAUUGGGGGUGUCACGUACCUUGCCAGAAAACCGAACUAUAUACCAAACCAACCAAUGAUACCUGAGAACUCUUUGACUGCUAAUAAAUAUAUACAACCAGCCAUGAUGUAUCACUGA